AUGACCGACAACCCAGCCCGGGACGUCGAGUCCAAGGGAUCUCCCCGUAUAGAUCCCGCGCUGCAGACCGAGCACCAGCAUCACCAUACGCACCAUCACCACACCUCUUUUGCGGAGCAAGGCCGGGAGGACGAAGUGGUCUAUUCCAAGAACACCGGCUUCGAGAAAGGAAUCGUCCCCGAACCCACGCCGCUCGACCAUGCCAGCAAGAGCCACAGCCAGAGCACGAGAGAUGAGGAGAUCGGCGAGACGGAGCCAUCCAAACGCCCAUGGCAACGGCGGAUGGCGAAGCAUUGGCGACAUGGUGUGCAUCUCGUCAUUUGGCUUCUGUUCACCGGAUGGUGGAUCGCUGGCCUUAUCCUGCAUCGGUAUGACCUGGGAUGGUUGAUUCCGUUCUUGCUGUGGCUCGCAAUUACGCUCCGGAUCAUCUUCUUCUACAUCCCCAUCUCCAUCAUCACAAAGCCACUGUACUUCAUCUGGGGCAAGACCGCUCGUCCGUUCGUGAGCAUCAUUCCGGAGAAGUUGAGAACCCCAGCGGCCGCCCUGCUUUGCAUUGGCGUCAUUCUCAUUGGCGCAUUCGCCUCUCCCGAGACUGCUGACAACAGUCGUGCAAACCGUGCUGUGAGCCUGUUCGGCUUGGCGGUCUUCCUGUUCGCGCUGUGGGCCACCUCGCGCAACCGCAAAAAGAUCGUGUGGCAUACUGUCAUCGUGGGCAUGUUGACUCAGUUCAUCAUCGCCCUAUUCGUGCUCCGCUCGGGCGCCGGCUACGAUAUCUUCGACUUCGUUUCCACGCUUGCUCGUGAACUGCUGGGCUUCGCGAACAAGGGUACCAUCUUUUUGACCCAGGAGGAAUUCGUCAAAAUGUCCCAAUAUGUGGAUCCGUACACCGACAAAUCCCGAUGGGCCGCCCUUGCGCCGGGCAAUUGGUUUUUGGUCAGCGUGGUUCCUGCAAUCAUCUUUUUCGUCUCGAUCGUCCAGCUUCUGUACUACAGCGGCGUCCUGCAAUGGUUUAUCGGAAAGUUUGCGGCCUUCUUCUUUUGGAGCAUGCGCGUGUCUGGCGCGGAAGCUGUCGUCGCGGCUGCAUCUCCAUUCAUCGGACAGGGGGAAUCGGCAAUGCUGAUCCGGCCAUUUGUCGCUCAUCUCACCAUGGCGGAACUGCAUCAGGUCAUGUGCUCUGGUUUUGCAACGAUUGCCGGUAGUGUUCUCAUUGCUUACAUUCGAAUGGGCGUGAAUGCGCAGGCCUUGGUCUCGUCAUGUGUGAUGAGUAUCCCGGCCUCGUUGGCAACCUCCAAGCUCCGCUGGCCUGAGGAAGAAGAGAGCUUGACCGCUGGGCGGGUCGUGAUUCCUGAUAAUGAAGAGCACAAAUCCGCAAAUGCCCUCCAUGCUUUCGCCACUGGCGCCUGGCUCGGUCUUAAGAUCGGUACCAUGAUUGCAGCCACUCUGCUUUGCAUCAUUUCGCUCAUCGGUCUGUGCGACGGCCUUCUUACAUGGUGGGGUCAUUACUUGAACAUCAACGACCCCCCAUUGACCCUCCACAUGAUUCUCGGCUACAUUUGCUAUCCUAUUGCCUUCUUGCUGGGUGUUUCCCGCGAUGGGGACUUACUCAAAGUCGGUCAACUAAUUGGCCUGAAGCUGAUUUCUAAUGAAUUCGUGGCAUACAACGAGCUCCAGAACACAGCAGCGUAUGCCGAUCUGUCGGACCGUUCGCGUCUCAUUGCCACCUACGCUCUGUGUGGCUUCGCCAAUAUCGGCUCACUGGGUAACCAGAUUGGUGUACUGGCGCAGAUCUCUCCCGGACGUAGUGCCGAUGUUUCGCGGGUGGCUGUUAGUGCUAUGAUUACAGGCGCACUCAGCACUUUUACCAGCGCGACGAUUGCCGGUUUACUGAUUACAAAUGAGAGGCAGUACGUUGGCUCGUCAGCUUGA